AUGGCUACUUUGGACCAAAUCAUCAGUAUACUUGAAGAAACAGGGAAUUUAUUGAAGAAAACACAAGUGAAUCUUAAAAAAUGCCCGAAGUCACGAUUAACAAAAGGAUACAUUGAAGCACGAUUGAAGUGUAUUGAGGAUUAUUGGACGAAUUUUAAGAAAUCACAUGAAGAAUUGAUACGCACUACGACCAGAGAACAAAGGAGCUUGUUGCCGUAUUUCGUAAAUGAAGAAUACUAUUUACAUGAAGAUGUGUACUUGUGCUUGGAAGCCGACCUUAAAGAUGUGUUAUCAGCGUUGCCAGUGUCACGUUCAGUUGAAAGAAUACCGCGGGACACUUCAAACAUUCAAGUGAAACUUCCGAAAAUUAAUUUACCCCUGUUCCUAGGAACGUACGAGUCGUGGACAGGGUACCAAGAUUUAUUUAUUUCCUUGGUACACAAUAACACAUCUCUAAGCAGUGUACAAAAAUUACAUUACUUGAAAACAAGUGUCAGCGGUGAGGCGGAGCAUUUAUUGAAGCAUAUACAAAUAACAGAGAAUAAUUAUGCACUAGCGUGGAAUACAUUGAAGGAUCGGUACGGUAACAAACGAUUGAUAGUUAACUCUCUGUUAAAACGAUUAUUUACACAAAAGAAAAUUGCUAGUCAGUCUGCUAAUCAAAUUAAGUCAUUGUUAGACACUACAUCUGAGUGUAUAAAUAACUUACAAAAUUUAAAUAUUACCACCGAUUCUUGGGAUCCGAUAAUUAUAUUUCUUGUUGUACAGAAGUUGGACCCAGAGUCACAUAAACAAUGGGAGGCGUAUGCUUAUAAAGAAAAUACAGAUGAGUUGCCUACGUGGACUGACUUGAAGAAAUUUUUAGAAUCACAGUUUCGUACACUAGAAUUAGUUACACCGUCAUCUUCAUACACAAGAGAGCGAACUGUAAAAGAAAAAUCAUACCAUGUAACAACUUCAAACAAAAUUUGUGUUAUGUGCAAGAAAGACCACGCUUUAUGUCAUUGCAAGGAGUUUACAAAGUUAAGCCCACUGGAACGUCAAGAAUACGCAAAGAAUAAUAAUCUUUGUUACAACUGUCUAGUACCAGGACAUUCGGUAUUAAAAUGUCGUAUACCAGUUUCCUGUCAUGUUUGUCACAAACGUCACCAUUCGCUUCUACACUUACAGAAGAAAGCAGACACUUCGGGUCAAAUAAGCACCAUACAACCGACUGUGUCAUUACAAUCCAGUGUAGAAGAGCAAGAGGAAAUACGAGUCAAUACAAUGGUUGCGUCUAAUUGCAAUACUGGACAGAAAAUAGCUCUAUUAGCAACUGCAAUGAUCCAGGGUCUGAAUCAUCAUUCAUCAGCGAAAAAGCAACUCAAUUACUACAACUCACAAGAACAACAGCGAAAAGAAGCAUAG